AUGAACUCCCAAUGGAGAGACAAAAGACUGUAUCCAUUCCUAGGAAUACUCUUGCUACUCUCUCUGCUUUACCUUAACUUCAACAACAGUGACAACAACUACUUUAGUUUCCCAAUCUUAUUAUGGCAACCCAAGAUGGGGUUUGUCUCAACCAACUCCACACAAUUCGUCAUCAUCAAUGAUGGUGGUGGUGGUGAUGAUGGUCAUGGGGAGUCAGCAUUUUACGUUAAUGGGUGGAAUUCAUAUUGGUUGAUGAUGGAGAGUGUGUGGAGUUCAUCAAGAUCAAAGGCUUCUGAGAUGCUUAAGAGAGGGGCUCAAAUGGGGUUGACUGUUUGCAGGACUUGGGCUUUCAGUGAUGGUUUUGGUCCUGAUGCUUUGCAGGUUUCUCCUGGUGUCUUCAAUGAGAGAGUCUUCAGGGGAUUAGACUAUGUGAUAAUUGAAGCAAGGAGGAAUCAUAUAAGGUUAAUUCUCAGUCUAGUGAAUAAUCUGAUUGCAUUUGGUGGAAAAAAUCAGUAUGUUAAGUGGGCAAAAGAAGCUGGAAUUAAUGUUUCUUCAUCAGAUGACUCAUUCUUUUCAAAUCCAGUUAUCAAAGAUUACUACAAGGCUUAUAUCAAGAAAAAUUCAUAUAGUGGAGUUAGGUACUCUGAGGAACCGGCAAUUUUCGCUUGGGAGCUCAUGAAUGAGCCUCGGUGUGCAUCCAGUUCUUCUGCUUCUGUUCUUCAGGCAUGGAUCGUUGAGAUGGCUGCAUAUAUCAAAAGCUUGGACAAAAAACACCUAGUGACUGUUGGACUUGAGGGGUUUUAUGGCCUGAAUACAACUAACAAGUCAGACGUGAAUCCUGGGAUUUGGGCAGCAUCACUGGGAUCAGACUUCAUACCGGAUUCAGCAAUAAACAACAUUGAUUUUGCGUCAGUUCAUGCAUACCCUGAUAGCUGGAUUCCACAUGCUGAUCUGGAAGCAAAAACAAAUCAUCUUUCCAAUUGGGUGGAUUCUCAUGUAAGUGAUGGAGACUUAGUGCUGAGGAAACCAGUUCUUUUCACAGAAGUCGGCUCAAGAUGGCAUGUGGAUGAGAAGGGAGUAAAUGACAGAGAUGUUUUGUUGAAAAUUGUCUAUGAUAAAAUUUAUGAAUCUGCAAAGAAGAGGCGGGCUGGUGCUGGUGCCUUAAUCUGGCAGUUGUUAGUUGAAGAUGUGGAUAGAUACAGUGAUCAGUUUUCUUUCAUACCACAGGAUUAUCCUUCUACCUAUAAACUGAUAAAAGAACACUCAUGUAGGCUUCAAAGAAUUUCUGCAAAAUACAAUAGAGCUAGAAAGCCUGAACGAGUGGAUCCAGUUGCUUCAGUUGCUUGUAAAUGA